UUCAGACUCAUACAUCCCCAAAGGCGACCUACAUACUGUAAUGGCGGUAAGACACGCUAACUGUAUACAAAAUGGAUGUGUGCAAAAAUUCACAUCUUGUCGCUGGAUCCUGGCGUUUAUGUUGUGUCUGCUGAGAAUGUGCCAGACUUCGUUGAGACAGAGUAUCGGAAUGGUGUUGGUGUGUAUGGCUGAGAGACCGCCUGUUGAGACCAGUGUCCCGAGAAAUGAAUCCGACUUCCAGAGCUCUGGCGAGGACACCAGGGUCACACAUCGCGAGUUUGUGUGGGAUGCCACCUUUGAAGGCAUCGUCUUGUCCUCGUAUUACUACGGCUAUCUUCUGACCCCCUUGCUGUCUUGUUACAUCGAGCGAUUCUUUGGAGCCAAGCAGCUGGUGGCCUUUUGCGUGGGCAUGGGGGCGGUGGUCAACUUACUGACGCCAGAACUGACCAGGUUAAACAAAUAUCUGCUUGUGGCCCUUCGAGUCCUUGCCGGCACAUCCAAUGCAAGUAUGAUUAUUAACAUUGAUCUAUUUCACAAGCAGGGCAUGAUUGACCCUGCCGUGCAGUCACUGUGGGCAGCCUGGGCACCAAGGUCCGAAGUCGCCUAUCUAACAGCGGUGGAGUACACAGGUGUCAGCCUUGGUGGCAUAUUCACAUUUCUGGUGUCCGGCUUGUUGUGUCAGAUCCCGCUGGACAAUGGCUGGCCCUUGGUCUGCUAUUUCUAUGGUACCCUGAGCGCCAUCUGGGUGGGCUUAUGUUUAGCCUUGGUAUACAACAAGCCCAGUGAACAUCCAAGGAUUCUGCCAGAUGAGCUGAAGUACAUCGCUGCAGAGACACAUAGCUUGCAGUCAAACAGAAACAAAAUUCAUCCGCCCUGGCUAAAGAUUCUGGGAUCUCCCGCCGUAUGGGCCAUUAUCGUUGCCUCAACUUCAUUCAUGUGGGUCUACUCAUGGAUCCUCUGUUACCUGCCCAUGUAUAUGCAGGAUGUGCUUCAGUACAACAUAUCUCAGAACGCGAUUCUCUCUUCGCUGCCAUUUGUGGGGAAAUUCAUAUCGGGUCUGCUGUGUGGUUACUUGGCCGACCGUCUUCUCAAGACAAGGAUGACCAGAUCUUGUAACAGAAAGAUGUUCCAGACUAUAGGUUGUCUGGGCUGUGCUGCCUGCACUAUGGUAGUCUCAUUCCUAGACGCUCAUUCCAGAGACUUGGCCGUGGUCAUGUUGAUCUUGGCUGUUACCGCACAGAACAUAACCACUGUUGCCUACAGAAUCAAUCCUUUGGAAAUCGCCCCAAGGUACGCCUCUUUUAUCCUGGCCUUGUCAAACACAAUAGCUGUAGCAGUGUCACUGACAGCACCUUUAGUGACUUCAGCAAUUGUUUUCGAUAAGUCACAGGAACAAUGGAGGAUCAUGUUCUACAUAGUCGCUGCCUUCUCUUUGAUUGGUGCUCUGGUGUUCUUAUUUCUGGGCAAGGUCAGCGUCCAGGACUGGGCCAAACCUUCAGGGGAACUCAAUGGACAUCUGUGUAAGUAUGCUUUAUAA